UCGCUGCAAACAAUCUCUGUCCCCUCUCAUGUGCUUCAGUCAAUAUGUACACUAUUUCAAUUACACGGCCCGAUUUAGCCCCAGAAGCUUUCGAUUAUUCGAUUCGAUCACUCACUCAUACUGGCGCUUCUCUGGCCAAAACAACUCGCAUUGUCAUUAGUUUAACGAAGGAAUGUAGCACUGCAACACAACACUCUACUGUUUACUCACAAUAAGAAAAUGAGUUUCAUCUACGAAGAGAAUAUCGAGCGGAGGCCGCUCCUCGCUGACGCCAAUUCAGACUCAUACCAGUCACUGCUCGACGACGGUGAGAUGGGUCACGAUCGGCACGUGCUCAAAGUUCACACAGGAGAUGAAUUUCUGGAGCUGUACGCCUAUAGAUUUGUAAAAGCCAAAACGGUGCUAUAUUAUGCGUUGUCGAUCUGCACAUUGGGUAUUUUUCGACUACUUCUGCACUGGAAGCCGGACUGGUACAUCAAGGUGAGAGCGACGCGAUGCGCCCACGACGUCGCACAGUACAUAAAUGUGAUCGACGAGCACAAUGUCGAGGCAUUUCGACCUGUUCGCGUACACACCAAGGAAAACGGGGCAUCGCCUACUCUUCCAAAGGGUGAUGGGACCAUGAAGAAAGUCGACUACAUUCGUUACUUUACUUUUCGAAAGCUGAAGUAUAUCUGGAAAACUGAAGUGGACGAAUGGGUGUCAUCUGCAGAUCUCGACAGCCAUAUCCCUAUCAAACAUUUUCAAUCAGUGCUCGAAUCCGGGACGGGACUUACAGAAGACGAAGUUCAAUGCAGACGGGUAACUUAUGGAUCGAAUUUGAUAGAUGUCAAGCUGAAACCGAUUCUAGUACUUAUUUUCAUAGAAGCUAUCUCUCCUUUCUAUAUAUUCCAAGUUUUUAGUGUUUCAAUUUGGUUCUCAGAUAAAUACGAGUACUAUGCUUCUAUUAUUGUUAUCAUGUCUGUCAUGUCCAUUGCUAUUGAUGUCUACCAAACAAGGAGUCAAGAAAAGAAGUUACGUUCUAUGGUGCAAUCCUCAAACGAGGUAGACGUUUUAAGAGCCGAUGGAGUGAAAACCAUCAACAGCGAAGAGUUAGUCCCCGGUGAUGUAUUUCUGGUUCCUGCUCAUGGUGGCCUAAUGCAAUGUGAUGCUGUACUAAUGAAUGGAACCGCGAUCGUGAACGAAAGUAUGUUAACAGGAGAAUCGGUUCCGAUCACGAAGGUAGCGUUGACUGGAGCCCAAGAUGACGACGAGGAUGAGUGUUUCUCAUUUGAAAAACAUUCCAAACAUAUCCUGUAUUGUGGAACACUCAUACUUCAAACGAGAUACUAUCAUGGAAAGCAAGUCAAGGCAGUCGUGCUUCGAACAGCAUAUUCAACUUUAAAGGGACAACUUGUCAGGUCUAUCAUGUAUCCCAAGCCGAUCGACUUUCGUUUCACCAAAGAUCUCUUCCGGUUUGUCGCCUUCUUGUUCUUCAUUGCUCUCUUUGGCUUUGCCUACACGAUUGCAAUAAUGGCGCAGCGAGGAGAAUCAUUGCACAGAAUAAUAGUGCGAUCACUUGACAUUAUAACCAUAGUCGUACCUCCAGCCUUGCCAGCGGCAAUGUCGGUCGGCAUCAUCAACUCCAAUCUGAGGCUUAGGAAGAAAGAAAUAUACUGUAUAUCCCCUUCUACCAUAAACACAUGUGGUGCAAUCAACGUGUGUUGUUUUGACAAGACCGGGACUUUGACCGAGGAUGGGCUUGACUUCCAAACCCUUCGAGCUGUCGAUCCCAGCUUCGAAGAAACGCCUGUUUUUACAGAGGAGAAAGCAGUAAUGGAUCCCGCAGAUUUGCCAAGUGAAGGCGAACUUAUCACAGCAAUAGCAACAUGCCAUUCCCUUACAAAAAUCAAUGGAGAAUUGCAUGGAGAUCCACUAGAUCUGAUCCUCUUCAACCAGACGGGCUGGGCAUUGGUUGAGUCUGUGAAUGACGAAGAAGACAGUGAAUUGCAGCUUUUUGACAAUAUCCAACCAACAGUGGUGCGACCGCCUGCUCAACUGGAAGGUUCCGGCUUCAUCAAAGAAUACAGCAUUAUACGACAGUUUACUUUCAGUUCAUCCCUCCAACGAAUGUCUGUGAUAGUGUCGAAUCCUCGAGAUGACUCCGCUCACGACAUGACUCUGUACUGUAAGGGCUCCCCGGAGAUGAUACUGUCUCUCUGUGAUCCAGCUACGGUCCCCUCGAAUUAUACGAACCAAGUAGAUCUAUAUGCACAGCAUGGCUAUCGUCUAAUCUCUAUCGCCAAAAGAAAGCUUGAAAUGAAUUAUGUCAAGGCCUCGAAAAUUUCUCGAAACUUGGUAGAGACUGAGCUGACACUUCUGGGUCUCAUCGUUCUCGAGAACAGGGUAAAGCCUGUAACCUUAGGAGUGAUCAAUCAGUUGAACCGAGCUCACAUCCGUACAGUUAUGGUCACAGGGGACAACCUUCUGACGGCUCAGAGUGUGGCACGAGAAUGUGGCAUCAUAAGACCGAAUAAACUGGCAUUUCUUGUAGAGCAUCGCAACGAUGUUGUCGAUGUUAAGGGACGUCCACUGCUCACCUUGAGGCAGGCAGUGUCAAGCUCUGAGAAAACAGCGGACGGUGAAAAUGAAGCAGAAUCAGAUGUGUCUGUUGAGACAGCACGAAGGCAUUAUCUCGAAAGCUGCUAUCAACUGUCAAUCUCUGGUCCAACAUUUGCUGUCAUUACGCACAGUUAUCCAGAAUUGCUUGACCAGCUAGUGUCUGUUUGUGACGUGUUUGCGAGGAUGGCUCCUGACCAGAAACAGCAGCUAAUAAACCAUCUUCAAGGAAUUGACUACACUGUCGCUAUGUGCGGCGACGGGGCGAAUGAUUGUGCAGCGUUAAAAGCUGCUCAUGCUGGAAUCUCUCUUUCGGAUGCAGAAGCUUCUAUAGCAGCUCCAUUCACCUCUAGGAUCGCUGACAUUCGCUGCGUUCCCACAGUGAUCCGAGAAGGUCGGGCAGCUCUUGUGACGUCAUUUGGAGUGUUCAAGUACAUGGCUGGUUACUCAUUGACACAGUUCUCCUCCAUCAUGCUGCUAUACUGGAUUUCCACAAAUCUAACAGACUUCCAGUUUCUCUACAUCGACUUGUUUCUCAUCACCUUAGUGGCUGUUUUCUUCGGAAACACUCCAGCAAGUGAUCAGCUCAGUUCAACACCUCCUCCAACCAGGUUGCUUUCUCUAGCAAGUGUAAUCUCAGUCUGUGGACAGCUCGCAAUUAUGGCAGUGACUCAGUUAUUCGUUUUCAUAUGGGUCACUUGGCAGCCAUGGUUUGUUCCUUAUGCGGUUCCAGCUGGGGAUGAGGAGGAGGAUAAAAGAAGCAUGCAGGGUACCGCCUUAUUUUGCACGACAACGCUUCAAUACAUCACUUUGGCGCUGAUUAACAGCAAAGGUGAACCAUACAGAAAAGCUAUAUUCUUCAACCUACCUCUUUGUCUCACUUUGGUGGUCGUGACUUUGUACGAUCCGAUUCCAUACUUUGAGAAUCGCCUUUUCCUCGUUUUUGUGGCUCUGAUCUGUGCUGUGGUUUCGUACCUUUUCCAGUAUGCUGUUGUGGAGUUUCUGAUACUGGAACUGAGAGAGAAGUGGCUGAGACAUCGCCGCAUCCGCGAUCCUCAAGCGAACCAUGAAAAAUUCGAACGCCUCCUCUUCGACAUCGGACAGGAACCGGCCUGGCUCCGCGCCUACACAAAACCACAGCAAGCUGAGAACGGCAAGGGCAGUUGGGCCGUCGUGGACCAAACCACACGGGUUUAGCGCUCCGCAAUCAUUUUCACUUUUAUUUAUUCGGAGUAUCUCCUCAAUGUCCGUCAAAAACAGCUUUCACUUCUAGUUUCUGUCACUUUCCACCUUCCUUUCGCGUUGACCAUAAUACGGGUGAUUUUGUAUUUUCGCUUUCAUGCCGGCCCUAAAUCCAUCUAAUUCGUUUACUUUCACUUUUCUUCUUCGCGUUGUUCGCUUUCCCCGUUCAGCUUUACUUGGUCUUCUACUUCAGCCCUCACUUGCCGCCAGUGCAGCAUUUCUUAUUGUCGUGGGUCUAGGUGCUGUUGGUCAGUGAUGUACAUGUCUCACUUUUUUUUGUUCCACACAUUGUUUUUCGCAGAACGCAGUCUUUAUUCUGAUAAAGAUUUAUCUCUAUCCACC